AUGGACGCUUCCGAUACAUAUAAUGUGCAGAGAGAGUUUGCCGGCCUUAGAAUCCAAACUCCGUUUCAAACGGGAAUGGCUCUUCUUGCUCACACCUGUCUCGCCAAUUGUUUGCUGCUUCUCUUGCCCCUGUUUGCAGUUGUUUUUGCCGCCGCCGAUAUCGAUGCUUAUGGAUCCGGGUUUGGCCUCGAGAAGCCGAAACUACGUGGAGACCGAAGCUUCCUCUCCACAAACAUCGGGAUUCAAGGAGUCAUCUACUGUAGAUCGGGCUCGAGGCUCAUCCCGCUCCGAGGUGCUCGGGCGAGGGUGACGUGUUUGGCCGUGGAUGGGCGAGGGUACGAAACCGCUCCAUUCUGCAUCGUGAGCAGGCUGACCGAUGCAAAUGGCUAUUUUUUGGCAACCUUGUCACCAUCGGAGGUCGAAGAUAACUGGAAGCUCACACAAUGCAAGGCUUUCCUGGAGUCCUCUCCCUCAGAGACCUGCAAAGUCCCAACGGAUGUGAACAGGGGGGUCACCGGCGCUCUUCUUUCAUCCCGUCACCUCCCGAGCAACAAGAGAAUGGAAUGGUUCUCCGUGGGGCCUUUUGUCUAUACCUCGUGAUGACGAAGACUCCAUUCUUAACAGGGGAAUCUGAGAGCUGAUAAUGGGGUGGAUU